AUGGGAGAGGCGGGGAAGGAGGACGGGCACCGAGGCAGAAUGGAGGCCAGAGAGACCGGGACGGUGGGCAGGAGAGGGAAGGAGGCGGGAGAGGCGGGGCCAGAGAGGCGGGGCCGGAGGUGGGAGAGGCGGGGCCGGAGGCGGGAGAGGCAGGGCCGGAGGUGGGACAGGCGGGGCCGGAGGCAGGAGAGGCGGAGCCGGAGGCGGGUGAAGCGGGGCCGGAGGCAGGAGAGGCGGGGCCGGAGGCGGGAGAGGCAGGGCCGGAGGUGGGAGAGGCGGGGCCGGAGGCGGGUGAAGCGGGACCGGAGGCAGGGGAGGCGGGGCCAGAGAGGCGGGGCCGGAGGCAGGUGA